GUAACUGCGCUCACGGAAAUCGCAACGCUGCGGCUGCGGACACCCAAAUCUUCCCCGAAACCACUCCUCAGCCCGGUGAGCGCUCGACCAUCAGAAAUGGGCGCCGGCGACGGCAAUGGCACGCGCCCCAAGGCGAACGAGGUGACGAUCUCGUGCGACGAGGGUCCCGGGCACGCGUUUCCGUUCCCCAAGCCGCACGCCCCCGACCCCGACCCACCGCAGGCGUCCGACCCGGCGAACUACGCCGUCGCUGGCAAGAUACUCCUCGCCGCGGCGGGGGCGUUCGCGGGCGUGCUCCUGGCGCUCGUCGCGCUGCACCUCUACAGCAGCACCCGGCGCCGGCGCCUCGGCGCCGGCCAGCCGCGGCUGCUCCGGAGCUUGGCCAUCGCCGGUGGCGACGAGGACCGCCGCGACGGCGACGGCGACGGCGCGGGGGCGCCUUCCCCCCGCGGCCUCGACUACGCAGUUCUCGCCGCGAUACCAGUAGUGUCGAUCGAAGCAGGCGCGGGGGCAGGGGACUGCGCGGUCUGCCUCGCGGAGCUCGAGUCGGGGGAGAAGGCCCGCGCGCUGCCGCGGUGCGGCCACCGCUUCCACGUCGAGUGCAUCGACGCCUGGUUCCGUGGGAACGCCACAUGCCCGCUCUGCCGCGCCGACGUCGUCGUGCCGCCGAGCGCUACCGCGCCAGCCGAGGGCGGGGCCCAGCCGGAGGUGCGCAUAGACGUGGCAGGGGACGCCGUCGCCGCGCCGCCCAAUGGCUUCAGGGUGGCGCCGGUGAUGGGGAGGAUGCAUAGCGACCAGGAUCUUGAGAAGGCGAGGCGGGUCUUUGCUUCCACCCGAUUCUCUUCCUUCUGACAAGAUCCAUCGGCUCCCACGGUCACAGAUCCUCGACCGUUUCGGAGUGCCAUUCCACUGUGCAUAGAUUUGUUGGUGAUGCCAGCUAAUUUUGCAAUGAUUUGUAGUGUGAUUUCUGCGAAUGGACUCAUGCACUUUUCUUUA